CCAUAUUCACUCAUAGCUACAACGCUCUGCUCUAAUAAUAGUGUUAUACUAAAGAGUUAAUUGCAAGGGUUAAUUAUUAACUAUUGAUAUCUGGCUAGUGUUACAAAACAUGCGACUUAUAAAUGUGAUUGAAUUAUUCUUUACUGCUUUAAAUGUUCAUGUGAUGUAAGUUGCUCAGAGCGUUGAGUCUAUUUACACGUUUUUGGUGAUAACUUGAUGACUUGGAAGUAUUGUUGCAUGUCUGACAACAUUCAAGUGUUUCGGGUGAUUGUUAGUAGCUACUGAAUAAACGCUUUGUCACGUUAAUAAAUAAACGGAUCUGUGCAACUUAUUUGUGAUAAUGGAUCAAACAGGCGUACAAGUUUUGACCAAUGGCUUCGAACAUUUGCCUCAAGAGGAACAAAAUCUUCAGUUAUAUGAUAUGGAGGACAAAGUCUCACAAGGCAGCAAACAAUAUAAGAGGCGUUGUUGUACACGUAUCUCCAACCUCGUCAACGUGGCGUUGUUGAUUUUCCUAUGCGUCCCAAAAACUUUGGCAGGAGAUAUCAAAUACAGCAUCGACGUUAAAGGAAGUCCGUGUAAAGGAGUUAACUGCAGGAAGUGCAAAUUGACUGUAAAUGCCUCUGUUGGAGCAUUAAAACAUACUGAAGGUAAUGAUUGCCGACGCUAUAAAUUCCAUACAGGUUAUCACAACUGUACCGCUAAUCCUAACUGGGGUUGCAUCGGCAAGUGUAUGAACUGCAGCGGCGCGUGUUGGAACUACAGCAGCAUGGUUGAGAAUCUGGGCAAACAAUCGCCUUGCACAGAGGAUAUAGACACAAUUAAGUGUUGCACGUUGCUGCAUAUGCGUCCGGAGAAUCACUGUCGCAACCGCGGGAAAUUAUUUUGCGAAGAUCAUAGGCAAGAACCAAAAUGCACGUGUCCGGUGGGAUGGACCGGAGACACUUGUGAGACUCGAAUGAAUGAGACUGUGACCUGUAAAUGCUUCAAGACCGACAUCACGUGGAACUCUUUUUGUGGCAAAAAUGAUAUGUACAAUUGUACCGACGACGACAGGCCGAAAAACUGGAAAAAGUGCCGACAUAACAUUGAGAGGGUGACGUUCAGUCGAUGUGUUUGUAAAAAGUCUGAAGUACAUCACUCUACGAAAUUCUUACCGGAAUGUUCGCAGGAGAUUCUACAGCCAUGGGUAACGUCUGCAACGUCUACAAAUGUUCCCAUAGUAGUCCUGUCAGGCCCAGACACAAUAAUGGUGAAACCAAGCAAUCAAGCGUUCUUGCAUUGCGAGGUAUACGGGAAUCCCAAACCAAGCGUCUCAUGGACCAAGAAUGGUUCCCCUCUGCGAUCGAGAAGCCGCUAUAAGACAUUCAGCAAUGGCACACUUCUGGUACGCAGUGCCACUCCUGGGGACGCGGAUAGUUACACGUGCCGCGCAGACAAUGGGGUAUCUUCUCCAGUUGAAAGAACAAUUAAACUCUCACUUAGAGAAAUGCUGGUGGCAAGAAUCGAGAAUCUUAAUGGAAAGGUGGUGGAGGGAGGUCAAAUCCUCCUGACCUGCGUGGGCAAAGGUUACCCUGAGCCUGCCAUCACCUGGGAGAAGGCUGGACGAGCCCUUGUUUCUGGUGGCAAUGUGUUCAUCAGCAGUAACGGUGGUUUGACAAUACGAGAUGCAACUUCAGGUGAUACAGGAACAUACACCUGCAUCAUCGCCAAUACAGAUGAGAAGAUUGAGAAAUCAACAUCAGUACAAGUUGAACCAAAAGACAAAUGUGAGGACAAGACCAGUCUAAUUAAAUGUCAAGAGAUCGUCUCAGCUCGUCUCUGCGGCUACACCAUGUACUACAAUAUCUGCUGCAACAGCUGUCGAAGAUUCGUCAAAGGGGAAUAGAGACAACAUGUAUUCUUAUGAAACCAAAAACAAAUGAAAUAUUGUUUAUUCACAAUUGUGUGAAGUUAUAUUUUUAAACUUGUAUUACAUAACUUUUGAAUUUCUUGUAAAUUACAAUAUGAAAUCAGUUUGAGUGUGUUAUCUAAGGGUUGCAUCCAAGCAUGUCUUUCGGUUUGAAACGCGAUGCAAGUUUGGAUGUUUGUACUAUGCACUAGCAGUUAUCGAAAACUGGUUUUGCGUAAAAAAUGGGAACUUUGUGCUCAAUACUCGACCCAUGUGCUGAAAUGUAUGCUAAGUUUCAUACAUUAUGUAAUAACCUUUUAUUAAUUAUUGUAUUUAAAAACAAAAAAAGAAACGCUUGUGAUGACCAUUUUUUUAACAAGCCUGUUGCAUAAACUAUUAAGAAGGACGAGUAUAUGUUUUUACAGAAUUGUUUGAUAAAGCUGAUGGUGUAAAUUGGAAGUAUUUUGCAUUGUACUGUUUUAUUGAAAUAUUCUUUUAUUAUUCAAGGUCAGUAUGUUGUGGUUAUAUCUAGCCACUGGUGGAACUCCACACCUCAUUUUGAGAUUUUGCUGCGCUUGUUUUGUAUAAUACGCGAUGUACGUCGGAAUCAUUAAUGAUUGCUCACAUACAAUUUGAAUAAAAGGUUACCUUUUAAAUAUUUCUAUUGGUAUAAACACUAUUGAUUCAUAUGUUAUCACUUUCUAUUUGUGGUAUUAAGAAAUGAUGUAUUUUUUAUAACACUGAAAUCAAGCUACAAGUUUACUUUGUGCGUAUGGUUGAUUGCUUAUUAUCAUAAAUGUCAGUCGGUUUAUUUAUUCAAUUAUUAAGAAUGUAAAACAUAUAUUGAAACAACAUAAUACAAUGCCGUAGUAUAUUCCAUUACGUAAGAAGACCACUGACAUAGGAUUAAUCAAUAUUGUUUCAUGUAUUAAAAGUGUUUUCUUAACUUGCCUGGUGCUAAAAGGAGAAAUCUCCCAAUUUAUUAAUAUUCUUCAAAACAAUUAAAUGUAUUGCUUAAUGUUUUGAUGGCAUUGAUGAAACUAUAGGAUUCCCAAAAGAAUCAAACCUUUGAUGUAAUAAUUAUGUUUAGCAUUAUGUUAAGAUUAUGUUUAUGAGAUAAAAAAUAAUUGAAAAUUUUAAGUUAAUUGUCAAAGUGUUUUUUUCUCAUAUGUUCAAGUCAUGAAACAAAGUUAUGCUUUUGUGUUUCAAUGUGUACUUAUCUGUUUUUAUGCAUUUAUUUGGUACUUAUAGUAUAUGUAUGUAUAAGUAAGUAAGUAAGCAAGUAAAUAGUUUAUGAUAGUGACAUGUGCAUUUCAUAUAAUACAAUCAAUAAUAUAUAUUGAUAUAUAUAUUAAGCAUCCGGCCCAUUGGACCUAUAAGUCACCUCAGCUGUUAAGCUCAUUCUACACGUAAAACAUUUAUAUAUAUACCGUUCUAUUCCAUAACAAGUGAUGUAUGAAUGGAAACGAGAAAACAGAUAUCAUAUAUACAGCAAAUAUAUACAGUUUCAAAUGAUCAAGAUUAUGUUGUCGAUGUUAAAUUAUAACAUGACCUACGCUCCAGGAGUGAAAUAACGUAAUGCUUAAUUUUGUUUAUAACACGGGUGUUAUUACACUAGUUAUAUAACUGUAAAAUGGCGUCAUUUUUUGAAGAAAUGACGUCAGUAUUCCAGCGAAUUCCUUCAGUUAAACUCUUUCACAAUGUGAUAAAACGGUGAAAAGAGCAUAAAAUAAAAAGAAAAAUUGUUGGCCAUGUUAUAAAUAGGAUCUUAGAUUCUUAGACAAGUCAUCUAAAUAAAGAUAAAAACGAGGCUUGACGAUUUAAAUAAAUUCAAUACAAAACGACCACUCAUGCAAGAUCCUAUAUAUAUUACGGUAUUUUACAAACGGCUUUUCAUAGCAAAGCAGCAUAAAACAAUUGGAUAUACUGUAAUGUCAACAAAUAAUGUUCUUGUAUAAAUAAAAGUGACAGCACUGACACAAAUUCAAAUUUACAGUGAAUACAUUACGGACUGCCUGUGCAAAUAUGCUUUAACAAUGAACUAUGCAGUCUUCCUGGGGUAUAAAUUCAAUAUAUGACAAAACCUUUUAUCUGGGUUAAGAUGAAUAAAGUCAUGUUUUAAGAAGAUAUCACCAAACACGUCAGUCCUGAUAAUGUUUUAUAAAUCACAUACAAGUAGAACAUGUUUCUCAUCCUCUACGGACGCUAGAUCACAAAACCUACAUGUUCGAUUAUCAACUGGUUCACCAACGUAUCUUCCUGCCUCUAUUCUCAAUGGCAAUAUUCCCGUUCUAAACUGACAUACUAAGUCUUUAGCUGGAAGGUCUUGUAGAAAUUGGUAUUAUAUUGUCACUGAUAUGUUUAAUACAAAUGGAUUACAACAAUACAUAAAUAUCGAGUCGGCUUUACCGAAACAUGCCUUAUUUAAUGGAAUAAUGAAUGUUUUUAUGUAAGACUGGUAUCAAUCUCUAAAUAGUGUCACGGGUCCCUCCGGUCGAGGCAGAAAUAAGUUGCGUACUUAUCGCCUAUUUAAGGACGAUUUUAGUACGGAAUCUUAUUGUCAGCUUAUAAUGUCUCCGUAUCAGCAUGUUGCUAAUCAGGUCAUCUACGAUCUGAUCGGGGGGAUACUCGAUUUUCUAAACAAUUUCUUAAUUGCGUAAUAGUGCUCGUAUUUGAACUAAAUAUUUUAAUUCAAUUAUUUUAACAAUGUUUUAAAAAUGGAUUAGCAACAGCCUCUUAGGUUUAUAAUGUAAUAUAGAGGUGAUGUGUACAGAAUUGGAACUCUGGUAAUUUUAUACAUGUAUACAUAUGGGUUUUUAUGAUUAGAAAUGCAUAAGUCUCUGAUAUUUCUAAUUUAGAAA